CCGCGAGGCUGACGGAGUUGUUCGUGCAGGCGAGCGGGGGUCGGGGUUUCUCCGGGGUGUUUGGGUUCCUCCGUUGGGACCCGGUGCUCCUCGUCGCGGCGGGAGGUGGCGGUGGCGAGUAGGGAAAGGCCCAGCCCAGCCUCGCGGGCUUCCUUGCCUCCUGCCCUUGUGGCCAGGAAGGCCACUGGCAUCCUGGGGUGUAUUAGAAGGGGGGUGGUUAGCAGGUUGAGAGAGGUUCUCCUUCCCCUCUGCUCUGCCCUGGUGAGACCACAUCUGGAAUAUUGUGUCCAGUUCUGGGCCCCUCAGUUCAAGAAGGACAGGGAACUGCUGGAGAGAGUCCAGCACAGGGCAACAAAGGUGAUUAAAGGAGUGGAGCAUCUCCCUUAUGAGGAAAGGCUGAGGGAGCUGGGUCUCUUUAGCCUGGAGAAGAGGAGACUGAGGGGUGACCUCAUUAAUGUUUAGAAACAUAUAAAGGGUGAGUGUCAGGAGUUUGGAGCCAGGCUCUUCUCGGUGACAACCAAUGGUAGGACAAGGGACAGUGGGUAUGAACUGGAACACAGGAGGUUCCACUUACAUUUGAGAAGAAACUUUGUCACAGUGAGGGUAACAGAGCACUGGAACAGGCUGCCCGGGGAGGUUGUGGAGUCUCCUUCUCUGGACACAUUCAAAACCUGCCUGGACACACUCCUGUGUAACCUCAUCUAAGUGUUCCUGCUCCGGCAGGUGGAUUGGACUAGAUGAUCUUUCGAGGUCCUUCCAAUCCCUAACAUUCUGUGUAAAAGCCCUGUGGGAUGUUGGGAGAGGCCUCCGUGCAGAACUGGGGUGGGUUGAGGUGCCUGAGGCUGCAGGGCUGGAGGACUGUGAGGAAGGCUGCCUGUCCUCCUCCUUCACAAGCUCUUAGCGGGGGGUGUGAUGGAAUGGGGGUGUCUUUCUUACAAGUACUUGUGGCGUCCUCUCGGCACCGGUAGUGUGGCCGCUGUGUGGUCUUCACGAACAUGGAUUCACAGAAGGAUGUUCAGCCUCCAAAGCAGCAGCCAAUGAUUUACAUUUGUGGAGAAUGUCAUACAGAAAAUGAAAUAAAGGCAAGAGAUCCUAUCAGAUGCAGAGAAUGUGGCUACAGAAUAAUGUACAAGAAAAGGACAAAGAGAUUGGUGGUUUUUGAUGCUCGGUGAUUUCUGCUGAAGAUAGAGUGACUUUAUGCUGCAGUUUCAUCUUUCUGAUAACUUUGCUGUGUAAAUCCAUUGGUGUACAAAUGUACUUUUAUUUGUGUUUUAAGAUAUGGAAAAAUUAAAGUUUACUGUGAUACUAAGUUUUGUUUUUACUAUCUUCCAGCAAUAGAUUUCUAAAGCUGUCAUUUAAAUUGUAGUCAAAGUAUGUAGUGGGGUUUUUUAAGCUCCGUGGUAUUGUAUUCUUUUUGAAUUAAUCUUGUUUUCGCUACUCUCAUAUAAACUUUAUUUGCAUUUUAACUUUUAAGUGUUCUUUGGAUUCCUGUGAACUGCAUAAAACACCUGUGGUUUGAAUAAAUUCCACUGAAAAUAAAUAGAAGACUACACAAAGCUAGGUCCUGAAACACAGAUCGGGAUUUCAAAAGAGCAAUUCUCAAAGGACUUGAGAGUACCCAAUUCAGUUGUGGAAGAGGUGUCAAAAAAUCAUCAUAAUCUUGGAAAAAAAAGAGGGGAGGGAGGCAAGGUAAAAAUUAAGAAACCAUGUGUAAACAGAUAUUCCCAAAGUGCUUCUUGGCUUGGUUAUACUCAAGGAAAUAAUUAGGUCUGUACUGUAAAGAUUUGGGUAGUGUCCCAAUAUUAAAAUAACGCUUUGCUUUUCAGAUGAUUUGUGAGGGGUCUGUAAUAAGAAGAUCAAAGUGGUUGUUCUGUAUUGAUGAGCCAAAUCUUCUCCAUCUGCCCUUUUGAAAUGUGUGUUGAGUAAUGCUAAAAUAGCCUUAUCCAUGAAGUGUACUACAAAAUGUGUCUGAUGCUGUUUUAGUCUACUUUAGUGCUUCCAAAUCUCAGUUUUGAUGGUGCUCAUUACGUGAUUAAUAAUGUAUCACUAUAGUAAGGCAUCUUUGUUAGAGACUGCAUGACCAUCUACUGACUUACAAAUGCACUUCAGUGGCUUGUUUUAGGGGAUAAAAACAUUCUUCAGGUUUUGUUGUGGAGCUGUCUCAUGUAUCUGAUCUUGGCUGUAAAGACAUUUCUUAUCUAGAUUUUUUUCCUUGGACCCAGAUACCCUUGGGUAUAAAUGAUGACAUUUUUACUA